AUGCCAGCCAUGUCUUUUCACCAAGUGAUUCUCAUCCCAAUCCUCAGUGGCCUUAAGAACGCUCGUUUCUUCAUCACCAAAGGCUACGAACAUGCCAAAGCCCAUAACAUCGACCCCAAUGACUUUCUCACCGCUCGCCUGCACCCGGAUAUGCGAGACUUCAUCUUCCAGAUCCAGCGCCUCACCGAUGCAGCCAAAUUCAUCCCCAGCCGCGUCAACCCUGCCGUGGAGGACCUUGCUCUGCCGGACGAGGAGAAGACGUUUCCCGAACUGCUCGCGAGGAUUGAGAAGACGAUCAAAUAUUUUGAGGACCUCGAUGCGGGCUGCCUCGAUGGAUGCGAGGACGCGGAGGUUGUGUUGAAGUUUUCAGAGGGGACGUUGGAGGCCAAGUUUACUGCAUUGCAGUAUGUGCUUCAGUUUGCGCAACCAAACUUCUGGUUUCACGUUACGACUGCGUACGACAUUUUGAGACACAAGGGCGUGGAUGUUGGCAAGUUGGACUUUUUGAACGGCGCGAAGCUGAUCGAGGUGACACGGGUGGUGCCCGCGGAGUAA